AUGCAUGCAGUAUGUGGCAUGCAUGGAGGAAUGCGGGGGAGGCAAAUACUGAGUGAAGUAAAUGCAGAGAAGUACUUCGUAGAAGCAGAGGCAGAGGAGGAUAUACAACUUGACGAAGGGACGACCUUGAUGUCAAAUAUUAUGCCAGAGAAGAAGAAGUUCUGUUCCGACCUCUCACCAUGUGCAAGACACCCCCUCUCCUCGUCCCGCUCAAGCGCCUUCGCAGACGCCCAUCAAGCCAUCACUGCUUCAAGCCUCUGA